ACAGUCAAACAGCACUAAAGUCAGAGGAACACAGGCUCUUGUCCGAUUAUCAUUUAUCACGUCAGACAGUAAUUAUUUCAAUAAAUACAUUCCUGUACUUGGAAACUCGCUGCCUGAGCUGAUUUUAAGCCCGGGGAAGAAGAAAAAAAAGAAAACAGAAAAAACGUCUGAUAUGUCUGAUGCAAGCUUCAUGUUAAAGGGAAGUGUGCUUGCGUAUGUUAACUGAUGAUGUGAUAGACCAUGGUGCCUUUUGUAAGUGUGAGCAUUUCCUGCUUUUUCUGUCAAGCCCAGUUAACAAUCGGCAUGUGAGGAUGUUCUUCCAGAGAAGUUGAAACAAACUGAAUUUUUAUCUUUUCUUCAUUUAAUCUCGCAUUUUCUUCUGUUUCACCAGCAACAAGAUCUUUUAUUCAACAAAGAUGCUUCCCAGUGUGAAGAUAAAUGUGCCCUUAUUAUGGGGAUUUUGUGUUUUGUUGUCUGGGACAACUUCCAUACCAGAAGCUGGCAUGGAGCAGAUGCCCAUUGCACAUGUAGAAGAGCUACAGCCUGGAACCCUAGAUCUGAAGACAAAAUCUGCAGAAGUCAGCUCUGCUACACUAAAGGAGAUAGUGGUGACUACAAGAAAUGUAGAUGCAGUUUUUAGUGACAAAACUCACAGCUCUGUCAGCAGCACACCUGUUUUAGUUGUUGUGAAAAAAGCAGCAACGGAAGUCACUAGCAUCUCUAAACUUCUGGGCUCCGCAGUGGUGACCACAGCUAAGGCUGAAGGACGAGCCUCCCACAUUUCAACAGUCACAGACUCACCCAAACAUACAACUGAUCGCUUCCAUCAACCACCAGUAACCAGCUUUACUGACAGGACUGUUCCUGCAAAAGCAUCCACAGCAACAGUGGCUAACCCUUUGCCACAGUCCAUAUCCACAAUUCACCCUGAAACUGUAUCAGAGUUAAAUGUCACCACCACCGCUGAUGCUGUGAAAACUCGGAGGAAUUUGAUCCAGAAUCUCAGCAACCCCACAACCUCUGCAGCUGAAGAGACAGCAAGCACAACCUCUGAAGCAGCACUCCAUCGUGACACCACCGAGACGAAGACGUCCACCACCAUUGGGAGUUUAUUCACAACUCAGUCCAUUUCUGCCACAAGUGUCCUAAACUCCAUGUCCCAGUUUCCUGAGCAGGCAGGAUCCAACUCGACUUCAGCACUCAUUCAUGACCCCACUGAGACUGUGGCAUCGACUAAGCAUUCCCAUACACCUCAGGCCAUUUCUACCACAAGUACCCUCACCUCCACUUCCCACUUUGUUGACCGUUCAAGGUCAAACUCUACUUCAGCGGAUUCUUUGAACGCCACUGAGACGAGCAGCACCAGUUCUGCAGGAAUCUUGAUCCCUCGAGACCCCAAGAAGUCUUCAGUUUCAACUGCUCGACCAGCAAUCACGACAUCUCUCAGUAAGACAUCUAAGACUACUCCGAGCAAUCCAGUCCAACCCUGCUCCACCAGGUCCACGGUGAAGAAAUGCCUCAUUGUCAUUGCCACCCUGGCUGUGCUGACCACCAUCUUCAUGGUUACUACCAUUGUCCUCUGCACCAAGCUGUCAGCAAGGAAGUACAGGGUGAGGAAACCUAAACAGGAGACUGAGAUGAUGUGUAUCUCUGCUCUACUACCCGAGAGAAGUAACAGCUAUGUAAGACAACGCAAUCCAGUCUGUAACGGAGUCAUGGUGUUCCCUAUGGGCGGAGACAGCGAUGACGAAGUAGGAGAUAACGUCACUCUCAGCAGCUUUCUUCCAGACAAUGUUUAGAAGGAAUUAUACCCAUGAUUUUGUUUCACAUCAGACUUAAAGGUAUAAUCCUUGAUUUUGGAGAGCUAGCAAGAUUUGAAAGUGGCACCUCCUCUAAGCCCCGCCCCCUCCUCCCCCUCCCGUC